AUGCUAUUGGAAGCAGUGGGCGCUCGUGGACGACGGACCCUGAAGCGUUCCCUUUCGUGCGAUUUUAUACAAUCUUCUUGUAGCAGUGGAGGUGGACUCUCCACUCGUUAUUAAGGCUAGGUCUCUUCUAUGGUUAUUUUUAUAACGGACAUGGAUGAGGGUAUUGGGACAUCAGGGUAUUAUUUCUGUAUCUGUUUUUAAAGAAUUGAUAUAAAAAAUAUUAUAAAUUGUUCUUGUUCCAGAAGUUUUUGUAUUUUUAAAUAAUCGAUAUUAACCUGAUCAUUUCGAACGGCGCUCCUGGAGGGUUCUCUUCUUGCCUAUGAUCUACCUCAUGCUAGGUAAAUGAAUGAAUGAAUGAGUGAAUGAAUCAGGUUACCAAAUACCAGCAGAGCUUACAACUAAGAAAAACCAGUAACUUUGAGAAAGAGCAUUGUGGUAGUAACUAAACUUCUUCUAGUAGAGAGAAGAACAACAAGUACAAGUAGGGAACCCGGGGUCCUCCUCCUGCUCUUCUAACAUUAUGCUUACGCGGACAGUUCUUUGUUGCGAGCUGGGCCUUGUGGUGCGGCAUACAUUGGCUCGCAAGGCAUGUCGUCUUGGCAUUUGCGGAAUCCCCUUCUCUUUUUAAGACUGAGCGACAUGAGGCUAUAGUACUAAUAGAUACGUCAAUUAGUAUGUUGCUGGUGGUUAAACAUAUAAAUGCAAAUGGGGUUUGUUAAACGCCAUAAGUCCAUUCAUCAUCAUUUACUACCUAGUAGUUAAUAGCUGUAACUCUACUCAAAAAUCGACGCUUUUGGUCGUUCCAUCUCGAAAAAAUUCGACGUUUUUAAACUGAAGAUUCAGGAUGGAAAGUAAUUGUUCAUUCAGAUUUCUUCUAAGUGUAGUCUCACUGUAAAUCCACCGUUCAGUCUAGUACUAUAAGUAUCACUUGCUCCUGAUUUUGAGCGAGUUCUCUCUUUCAGGGUUCUUUUCCUCACAUUGUUUUAUCCUUCUCCGCUCUCGUUGGUUUACCGGUUGUACUCUUUUGUGGAGCCUGUCACAUCGAUUCAUCCUGCCGGUAGGUGCUACAUGCCUAUUUGGGAUGCACAGAAUAGAGCCUCAUGAUCAUGCUAAGAACUCAAAAAAUCGUAAAUGGAGAUCUUCCAUAGCAAAAAAUCGUAAGGAAGAUACAAUCAUGUUGUUCCUGUGCUAAUCGUCAUGGAGAUGGCGGUAAAUCCUUGGGGUGUAGUGCUUAUGUGGUGCUUGGGAGUUGAGCCGAAGUUUAAGGCCUAGUACCUCUUCACCUAAGUACCUCUUCACCUACCUUUUCACCUACCUUUUCACCUACUUCUUCACCUACCUUUUCACCUACUUCUUCACCUUAAAAAUACGUACCCAUCUGAUCAUCUUUCUCCGUGGGGAUCCCAACCUGCACUACGACUAGUACAGGAUCCCCACUUUUGCAUAGGAGCUCUAAGAAGUGUAGGAUACUACGACGAAAUGAGUCCUCUGAAGUUCAGAUCCGCUACGAGUCGGGUCUACAAGUAGAAGAUGAGCAAGAUGUUGCCCUUGCCGUUCAUCUUGAAGAACAACAGCUUGCUCUCGAAGUAGAGGAGCAUCUUCAACAUCAAGCAGGAGAAGAUACACAACAUCAGCAAGAUCUAAAUCAAUGUGGUGGCGGUGGUGGAGGUUGUAGAAUUGGAG